AUGGCAACCAAAAAUCUAGAUCCGCUCGCAGAGCUCGCCUCGGAGUUUAAAGCUGAACCACAACGAAACGGAGAAGGGAUGGAAGCCUUUCCGGACCCGGAGCUCUACGAUGAACAAGCCGCCGUCGAUCGUGCGUUGAAGCGACUGGCUACGAACAUCAGGAAUCAUAGUGCAAGUAUAGGGAUAGAUCUUGGGCUUAUCGAGCGCAACGAACAAUCACUCGAGGCGGGGCUUGACAAGUUCAGAAAACAAACGGGGGAGCAGAUCCCAGAGCUUGUGGACCCCGAUGAUCAACGUCUGUACGAUAAGGCGAAGCUUCAGAGCUCUAUCACGACUGAAGUUAUAACCGGCGAAAAUGACAAAACUCUAGACCCAUUGCCUAAUUUCGGCAUCGAAUACGCUCGCGAUGAUGAGACGAACUUCGAUACACACUACUCCGACUCAGAAGACGAAUCUUCAGGGGAUGAUGAAGGCUUUGUCUCGUUAUAUAAUACGAUAAAGGUCGACUUUGAGGUCAGCUCCGCCGGAAGCUCGAACAUCCUCCAUGCAACAAUCGCGCAGACUCGAGGCCUCGACGUUAUUCACAUUGUCGAUCUGAAAGAGAGGACGAUCAAAUUCAUUACUGCGCGGCGAUCAAUCGAAAAUCCUAUCAUCGGUAAUGACGACAUAAGGGGGUUGAUCGUCGGAAUGUCUGCUAUGGCACUUCCCGGUAGGUACGAAUGGGCGAUGGGCCGCGUGAUAGAUGAUGGGCAGAAAAGCGGUGUAUGGAAGUGUGUUUGGCCGGCGCUGGAACACCAGCUGCCGGAGGAAAUGAGAGAGCAGACUGUGGAUAUAGUGUUGGAGGAGGACGAUUACAGUGUGAAGGAUUGGGACUGGGAUAUCGGAAUCAAUAAUGUUCCAGGUUGGCUAGGACAACAAAAUGACAUGGACUGGGAGAGGAGCUUGUGA